AUGGUUACAACGGUUCCAACAUCUCAGGUCUCAGGUUCAUUAGGAACUACAACAGCAAACCCACGCGAAAAAGCUUUAGAAGAUUUUCGAAAAAAAAUUAUGGAGCAUAAAGAAAUUGAAGCAAGAUUAAAACAAAUGCGUGAAGACCUACGUUCGUUAACAAAAGAUUUCGAUAAAAGUGAAAAUGAUUUAAAAGCACUGCAAAGUGUCGGACAAAUUGUUGGCGAAGUAUUAAAACAAUUAACUGAAGAAAAAUUUAUUGUUAAAGCCACAAAUGGUCCACGUUAUGUUGUCGGUUGUCGCCGUCAGUUAAAUAAAACGAAAUUGAGAGCUGGCACUAGAGUAGCAUUAGAUAUGACAACAUUAACAAUUAUGAGAUACUUACCUCGCGAAGUGGAUCCAUUGGUUUACAAUAUGUCACAUGAAGAUCCAGGCAAUGUGUCUUAUUCAGAAGUCGGUGGUUUAUCAGAACAAAUUAGAGAAUUAAGAGAAGUCGUUGAAUUACCAUUGACAAAUCCAGAAUUAUUUGAACGUGUUGGUAUCACACCACCAAAAGGAUGUUUGCUAUAUGGACCACCAGGUACUGGGAAAACGUUGUUAGCAAGAGCUGUUGCAAGUCAAUUAGAUUGUAAUUUUCUUAAAGUUGUUUCAAGUGCCAUAGUUGACAAAUAUAUCGGCGAAAGUGCUCGCAUGAUUCGUGAAAUGUUUGCCUAUGCAAAAGACCAUCAACCUUGUAUUAUAUUUAUGGACGAAAUCGAUGCAAUUGGUGGUCGAAGAUUUUCUGAAGGUACAUCAGCUGAUCGUGAAAUUCAACGUACAUUAAUGGAACUUUUGAAUCAAAUGGAUGGUUUUGACACAUUGGGUAAAGUUAAAAUGAUCAUGGCAACGAAUCGACCGGACACAUUAGAUCCUGCCCUAAUGAGACCGGGAAGAUUAGAUAGAAAAAUUGAAAUUCCGCUGCCCAAUGAACAAGCACGGCUUGAUAUAUUAAAAAUUCAUGCUGCACCAAUCGCGAAACGAGGAGAUUUAGACUAUGAAGCAAUUGUUAAAUUAUCAGAUGGUUUUAAUGGUGCUGAUAUGAGAAACGUGUGUACAGAAGCUGGUAUGUUUGCUAUUCGUGCUGAACGUGAUUAUAUUAUGGAAGAAGAUUUCAUGAAAGCUGUACGAAAAGUGGCAGAAAAUAAAAAAUUAGAAACAAAAUUUGAUUAUAAACCAAUUUAA